AGUAGAAAAUUACGUUACAUGUAAGCGAACCCCAUUUUUAGUAAAUCUCACCUUAACUUUUAAACCAGCACUUUAUUCAUCUGAGAUAUCUUCUGACAGAUUUGGUGGAUGUGAAACAGAAAAAACAGGAAAUCUACCCCACAUGUAUAUCAGUCUACUUAAUAAUAAGACGUUAGACCGAAUAUAGGGCCUUACACCAGUUUUGCAACAUUUUCGUUGAAUCUGGUACGAAGUUUUUGGGCCCUGUGCUUGGCCUAAGUUUUCUGCAUUAGGCCCAGUGUGUGACCCGACAUUUUUUACAAUGGGCGUACUGGUCCGCUGUUUGUCCCAAAUUAACCGUGCUUCUACGUUUAACUCCAUUAAGACUAUAUCUGGCCUCGCAUCAGAAUUAUGACCCGACGUUUUCCCAUUCGACCUGAAGAAAUUACUGAUUAUUAAACACUUGUUACAUAUAUACCGACCUAAUGAGUGCGGAAAAUACUUUGGUUUAUCAGGAAGAAAUACGAUUUUUUAUAUAUCUUUUGACAUUGGCUCAGUGGUUUUUCGCACAAGCUACACCUGUGCGAAAACACGAAUCUUUGGUGAACUGCACCACAGAAACAGUUGAAAAGUCCCAACCAAUUUGUCUUUAUCUUCCAUCUUAUUCGUUUGCUGCUUGAUGUGCUAAUAUAAGGUGCUUACACUUGAACUGCUAUGCAGUAAUGCAUAGUUUUGUGUUAAUCUCGUUUUUCUGUCUGAACUAUAUAUAUACAGUUUACAGAGUGAAGCCCUAAGCACUGUUAGAUUAUAAAUUCUGGCAGCAACAAUAAUGGUUGAUCAAAUAGAGCGAGUGAUUGUCAGGUUAGUUGUGUGCAUCUCAGUAGCUAUUGAUCUAUUCUACUGUGUCAAAAGCUCUGUUUAAUACCAUUAUGGCCGAAUAAAACUGGUCUGAUUGUCGGGGUCAUUUGAAAACAAUUGUUUGUGUACUAUGAGUUGAUUAAUGUAGACUAGAUGAGUGCUAAUCCACUUUCAUCGGAGUAGCCAGUCAGAUCUUUUUCAGCAGGCUACGAUUAAAUCUAGAGGACCCUGAAGGAAAUAAUUCAGUCGAUAGGUGUUUUGAAUGUUAUCGCAAACCAUUAUGGGUCUGGUUUUGCUUGAAGUUAUUCAUGGUUUUAGUGUAGAUAUGGAUAUUUGUAGCAGUCCAACUUGAACCAGUUAACAAGAUAUUGGCGUCCACAUGCUCUGAAUAUUAAUGACUCAAUCCUCACAAACCCGAAAUAUGUUGAACAGGUCCUGUUAGGUGUCACAAAUACCAGAAAGCGGUUGCCAUUAAGAGUUUAGCUAAUAUAGUCGCAGAAACUUCCACAAAUAAAAUCAGAUUCUAACCUAUAACUCUGAAAGUGAGAAACGCUAAAGCUCAUUGACUCCGACUUUUUAUAAGACAUGUGUUGGGUAAAAGUAUGUGAUUAUUUUUUUCAGUUUCAUAAGUAUGGUUAUUCAAAGAAGGAGCCGAACACCCCAUGAUGUUCUUAUCAGUCCCGUAGAAACACUGCCCCAAUUAAACCUACCCUACAAAGCUCUAACUGUACAAAAUAAACUGACACAAAUGAGUGACGAAGUGGAUAUCCAAGGGUGUUCAGUAUCUUGUGAGCCAUUAUCAGGUCUUCUUGAAUCCUUCUAUUAUUCCAAGGGAUACAGAUCCAGCUGUUCCUCAUAGGUUUUAGAUCUAAGUCCUCGAACAGAUUCGGUCGACCGCGUCCAAGAGAUGUGUUUUUAUUCCCUUAAGGUUCAGUGUUCUUAAGGAACUCCCACUAACAGGAAUUGUAAUGGAUGUCCUCGCUGCCUGUAUUUUCAGGUAUACCGUAUAUUAUCAGGUUCCUUCCCCCAAAGUAGGUCUCACGACUGUCACCCGAGAGUUUCUUUAUAUCCACUUACUUGAAGUGUGGGAUAUCGGGUAGCAUUCUUAUUUUUCCUUCAACCUAUAGCACGUGAGAUGCUAACAGCACAUCCUCAACAUCAUCGGAAUCCGAGAAUGCCAAACUUAAGAGCCCGGGGUUGGGUGGGGACCGUGAACGAUCCUAGAUGCAGCUAUUGGCCUAAUGUGGUUUAGCUUAAGUUUGCUGUAUAUGUUUUCCUACAGAACCCUAUCUUUGUUAUCCUGAAGGCUGUAUGGGAGGUUGAGAGCUAUCUGUCAGGUUCAUGAUAAUCGCAGAAUUUUCACCACAGCCUGUUUCAAACCUUGUUACAAUCUCAUAUGCGUAAUUACUCGAAAAGUUGAUGGAAAUCUAUGCUCAUACACCGUCUGUGUUGUUAGGGACCUCACUUAUGUCACAUCAAAUUCAUGAAUUUUCUCAAUUUUGUCACCGGAAAGACAAGAAAAGAUCUAAUGCGAAAACUAUCGAUCUCUUUCGAACGACAUGCCUCUGAAUCCUCUCCCUAUCAAUUCAAACAAAUAUGUGACUUAUUUACAGUCUAUUCAGCUGACUUAUCGAUAAAGAAGUUUUACCUCUCGAAUUUAACUUUUCUGUCCCUCAUACAGAAAUUUCCAAACUGGCGAUUGAUGCUCAGUUUGAAUAUCUUUAUGAUCAACUGAGUUCAUUUGUUCCAGCUUCUGAAAAUCAUAGCUGACUGGAAGCUAAAUUUGUCGAUAUCGCGCAUAUGUCAAUAGUUCUGAAUCCAAAAUGAGAUGCACCCUGACUUCUCGGCAUUUUAACGCAUUGAUUUAGCUUGGCACUGCAUGCAGGAGUUACUACAGUAUGAGUCAGAACAAGAUAAAUAAGUCUGGGUUGAUCAAGUAUCCAAGUACUAAGCAUUACACUAUCAUGUUGUGUAUUUUCCAGCCUAAGCAAAUAUUUUCUGUAUUCAUUUGAAAAGUUGACGUCAACUUUAGUCACAGAAAAUGAAGACGCUACAUCCUCAGAGUCGUAAGGCUGCUCAGGAAAAGAAACACUUUCAUCAUGUACAGCGUGUUGUCAAAAGACAAAAACAACGUGAUAUAAGGACGCGUAUAAUGAGUAAGUAGGAGUUAUCAAACCUUAACACACAGUUUCCAAAUUGUCAUGGUUCCGUGAUCAUUUGCCAAAUGAUUGUCGAUCUAUGAAUCAGAAUGACAUCAACAAGCUUAUUUCCAGGUACCUACAACGUGCCGGAGGAGACGUAAGCACGAAAUCAGGACCAGUAUCAGUUUCCACAGAUAUGAAUAACCUGUACAUUCAACAAGAAUCUCAAGAGUAUAUAACGUGUGGAAUCGAAAUCCCAGAUCUGUCUUCGAAACUCAAUCUAGAAAACCUCCGUGAGUGGAAUGGGGAUCCUGACAAAGUGCAUACAAUUGCUAUGACCACCGUAAGAAAAUCAAAACGAUAGCAUUUGUACAAGUAAAAAAUAUAUUAAUCUAUUAAAGC